AUGAAGAUCUCAUCAAUCACUUUAUUUGCAGCAGUGGUGGCAGGAUCCUUUGCCGAUGCUGUCCCGGCCCAUCGUCGUGGAGCGGAUCUGAAACCCAGAUACUAUUUCCCAAAGGUUGUCAAGAGGCAAGUGGUCACAUUCGACAACUCUACCACGACGGACUCGGCCAGCGCCAGCUCUACGGACUCGGGGUUAGGUAGCCUGAUAUCGUCAGUAACUGAUGCUUUGUCCGGUGUUGCAUCACAAAUCUCGAACGAUUCGCCGACAUCAACACCAGCAAGCACCGACGCGCAAACGACUGACACCGCUUCAACCGACACUUCAACCGAUACCGCAACCGAUUCCUCAACCGAUUCCGCAACCGAUUCUGCAACUACAACGGAUCCUUCAGCUACUCCCUCAGCUACAGACACAAGCGUCGCCACGAUCACGGAUCCUUCGAGUAGUCCAUCUGCAACCGAUGUCCCUACCAGUAUCAACACUGAUACUACCGCGACUGGGUCGGACACGGCUACCAUCACAGAUGCUGCCUCUACAACAAACUCAACGGCUGACGAGAGUGGCAUUACUCUUGGCCUCUCCAUCAUUACGAGCGAUUCAUCUUCAGACACUGCCUCUAUCACUGCUAGCACAACAGACACGGCGGCUUUGGCAUCAAGCACUGCUGCAGCCGAAUCUGUUCUCUCGUCGGCCAGCGAUGCUGCAACUUCCAUCUUGUCUGUCGCAAGCUCGUUGCAAUCGGUUGCGGCGACGGCCUCCGGUACUGACAUCGCCUCCAUUUCUUCAGCCUUGUCUUCGGCCGCCUCAGCCGCUUCCUCAAUUGCGUCCGAUGUGAGCUCAGCAAACUCCGUCAUCACUUCGGCGGCUGGCGCUACAAGUUCUAAUUCAGCCGAUGUGACUUCGGGUACCAGCUCGCCCACGGACCAAAUAACCUCGCCAACAACUACGCCGACAGACUCGCCGACAGAUGUGGUAACACCACCUCCUACCACUACCCCAACAACGACACCGAGCGGACCUACAGACAAUCCUACUGGGAACCCAACCACCACUCCAACCACCACUCCGACUGAUGGUCCGACUGACAUACCUACUACCACUCCGACCACUACUCCUACUGAUGUUCCUACAACCAUUCCUACAAGUCCAACAAGUCCAACAGAUGUCUCUGUGGGACCGACUGAUUCUCCCACAAUUACUGGAGGCACUGGCAACAAUACCGUGAUCACGACUCCUACCAAUACGCCAACAGAUACAACCAGCGACACAAGGACCACGCCUACUGACACCCCUACAACCAUCCCAACAUUAACUCCAGCUGUGACGCCAUUCGUUGGGAAUCUGUCAACCCCAGUGAUCACCCCUACCACGACUGACAAGCUCACAACCUCAGGGCCUCCGGUAAACACUGUUAAGCCCACUGGGACUGACUCGGCCACAGCGUUUACUCCAGAUUCGAGCAUCAUCUCUGCUACAACAGCAGCUCCCACCGAAACUUCCAAGUCUGCUUCGACAAGCGCUGCUGUUAUUCCAACAACACUCCCUCGUGUGAUUCAACCACAAGGUGGUGUGCCUGAUGCACCAGAAAACUCUACGUUGAUCCAGCUCGGAUUUGACUACGGCCUCAACUACGCUUUCGUGGUAUCGUCCCCGACUGCUGUGUCUCAAAUAUUCUCCUAUCUCCCAGUCGGUGUUUCCCAUGGACUGGGCAUCGACCUUGACCAAGUGGUGAUGCAGUACCUGCAGCCUUACAACACUUUGGAUACCUUGAACUACAUUACCACUUUGGCUAUGGCGUACAUUCCCGCAGACAAAGUCGACCUCCUCUCGGUGCAACUGCUGAACCCUAACUCUGAUCUCUACAACAAUCCAAACCCGUCGGUAGUGACUCUGAUGGGCAUGAUUGACCCUUCGAUUCCUGUUCUGCCUGGAUCUCAAAUUGCCGGUGGAGGCACACCAAUCAACUCGGCGAAUUCUGCCGCCACCACUUCUGACCAAAAUGCCACUCCCAACGAUGGUACACCCGGUACCUCCGACUCUGGAAGCUCCCCAGUCCGGCCAUCUUCAGUUGGUAUCGCAGUCGGGGCCGUGGCUGGUGCCGCAGUCUACGGAGCUGCCAUGUUCCUUGUUGCACGAAGGUACAAGAAGAGAAAGGCUGGCCACCAGCGGUCAAGCAGUAUGCAAUCAGGCAACCGCGGCAAUCGUCCCGGCGAACAGUCCAACCUCAUGAUCGGGGCACGGGGCAGCUAUGGUACUCGAUUCGGUGGAAGAACCUCCCGGACAAGUGAUCGCAGCAAUUCUCAGCGAAGCGGGCGGACGUAUAUUAGCCCACCUGUAAUGGCCGAGAACAGUUUGGGAUGGAACUGA